CUGGGGUGAGUGGAGGAGUGAGUGGCUGCCUGGCAGGCAGGAAGUGGCUCUGCAGGAAUUGAGGCAGACUGCGAGGGAGAGGAGCCUUGCUGGGUCAGCCAGAUCUGCGGUGAGCACUCCCCAGCCUGCCCUAGGGCAUGCCCCAGUUCACUUUCGCCUGCUUCUGUGGCCUCCACGGCUUCUGCAAGAUGAAGAGGAAGAAAGAAGAGAUUCACCGAGAGCGGGAGACGGCCGUGUGAGCAGAACCAGGGGCCCUUGGUCAGGUCCCAGGGCUGAGGUGGUGCUGCUGACGCCGGGCACAGAAAGCCAUCUUCUCCUAGCUGGCUCCUGGGUAACCGGAGGGCAUCAGCCUCCUGGGCACCUGGCCUUCGCAUGCCCACACUUAUUAACAUCGCAUCUCACAGCAGAGAGGCCCCAGCCGCGCAAGGGGGAACCCCAGGACCGGCUUCAUACCUUCUAGAGGAGUCGAGUUGCUCUGGCCCCCAGGGGCUCUGACUCUCCCCUGGGUGGCCCCUUCCAAAGGGACAGGUGGCCUUGGGAGAGGAGAAAUUUCUAGAUGAGAAGAAACGGGCUCCUCUGCAGAGAGUCCCGAGCAGCCCUGUCCUGACCCACAUGGAGUCCCUGCCAGCGCCUCAGGACCC